GUAUGGACUACUGAGGCCGGACGAGCAAGAGUGAGAGAGUGGGAAAGAGAGAGAGAGAGAAAGAGAGAGAGAGACAGAAAGAUCAGCGUGAUGGAGCUACAGGAGCUCCACUGAUACUUUAGACACUGGUCAGACCUCCUAUUCUACACUACAGCAGCAGCAGCAGCAGCAGUAGGAUGGGGUGCAGGGGUGCGGAGAUGUUGGGUCGGGUGUGUUUGGGAUUCUGCUUGGUUCUGGGCUUUGUUCCCCUGCUGGGUCAGGCCUGUCCCGCACAGUGCAGCUGCUUCUACCACAAACUCAGCGACGGAUCCAAAGACAGGAGUGUUUUGUGCAACGACCCUGAGAUCACCAUCGUCCCCACCAACUUCCCUGCGGACACGUCCAAGCUCCGCAUCGAGAAGACUGCCAUCAGCAGGAUCUCCAGCGAGACCUUCCACUACCUCAGCAGCCUGGAGUUCCUCUGGAUGUCCUUUAACUCGCUCUCCACGCUGCACUCAGACAGUUUCCGCGGCCUCUUCGUUCUGGACGAGCUACGGCUGGAUGGCAACUUCCUUACUUCCUUCCCCUGGGAGUGCCUGACAGACAUGCCCAACCUGAAGCUCCUGGAUUUACACAACAACAAAAUCACCAGCAUCCCGGCUGAGGCCACCAUCUACACCAAAAAUCUGACCUACCUGGACCUGUCCAGCAACAGCCUGACUACGGUACCUGCAGAGGUGCUGACAAUGUGGUUCUCUCCGCAACUGGUGCAGGACACAGAAAAAUCCAAGAUGAUUCUGGGCCUCCAUGACAACCCGUGGCAAUGCGACUGCCGUCUGUUUGACCUGGUGCAGUUCCAGAAGUCUCCGUCCUCGUCUGUGGCUUUCAUCGACACACGGCUGCGUUGCUCUGAACCCGAGAGUCUGUCCGGUGUCCUCUUCUCCGACACGGAGCUAAGGAAAUGCCAGGCACCCCGUGUCCACACGGCCGUGGCCAGGGUCCGCAGCUCUGUGGGAAAUAACGUCCUGCUUCGCUGUGGAACGAUUGGAGUUCCCAUCCCAGAGUUGUCCUGGUCUCGAGCUGAUGGCAAGGCCAUGAACGGAACAGUUCAACAAGAGGUUUCAAAAGAAGGCAUCAUCUGGUCUGUCCUAAGCGUGCCUGCUGUGUCCUACCGUGAUUCGGGCAAAUACGCCUGCAAAGCAACAAACUUUGUCGGCAGCGCAGAUGCUAUCAUCUCCCUUGUCAUCUCUGACACAUGGCGGAUUGACGAUAAUGUGGCAAAGAAGAACCGUGGCAAGAAGAAUGGAGGAUAUGGGAGGGCAGCAUACCAAGAGAAGCUAAUUGCUCGCUAUGUUCCCCCCACUACCAGCUCAGCAGCCAUCCCAAUCAUCGAGCCACUUAAUGGCCCGAAAUCCACAGCAUCCUUCGAGAUAGAGAGUUACAGUAUCUCAGAUGGCAUCUCUGAUGUUAAAAACACAGCCCCUCCUGAGACGGACACAGGGACGGACAGCCGUGUGACAGACGUGGAGAAAGAUGUGCUGAGCAACCUAGCAGCUAACGCUUCCUCCUUGCAGCAAGGUCCAGAGAAAAGAGUGGUACGUUCUGUUAAAGUCAUUGGUGACACCGAUCAUACAGUGUCUCUAAACUGGCGAGCGCCUGCUGCCAGCAACACAACAUCCUUCAGCGUCCUUUAUGCCGUUUUUGGAGAGAGGGACAUGAGGCGCAUCAAUGUCGGGCCCGGCAAGAACCGGGUCACCAUUGAAGGACUUGUGCCCAAGACCAAGUACAUUGCUUGCGUUUGUGUCAAGGGUCUGAUUCCGAAGAAAGAGCAGUGCGUCAUCUUCUCUACAGAUGAAGCAGCCAGCGCCAGCGGCACCCAGAAGCUCAUCAACGUGGUGGUCAUCACCGUCGCUUGCGUCAUUGCUGUGCCUCUCACCCUCAUUGUCUGUUGUGGGGCACUAAAGAGGCGGAUCCAGAAGCUGAUGGGGCGCAAAUCCAAGGACAUCCAGGACUCCUAUGUUACCUUUGAGACUCUCUCACCAGGCACUAAGGCCAAAGGCUUAGAAGGGGAGUACCUCAGCCGCCUAAAUCAGGACGAGUCCAACCGCUUGCUCUCUGCACGCUCCAGUGUGGAUUCGGAGGCAACGGCCAGGACUGAAGGACAGCCAAAUGAGUAUUUCUGCUAAUGCAGGAUAGCUAAUCAAUUAAUCUAAAUCAGUGGCUCUUCACUCCAAUUCUGGGGACUUGCUUCCCUUCCAGUUUCCUGCCUAAAUACCCCAACUGUAACUGGCUUCUGAGGUUGAUCAGAUUUGUUGGGGAAGGGAAUGUAUGAACCUAUGCAAGACAGUGAGUUCCCAGGCAUCCCAGGAACUAUUGAUUAACUAAAGCAUUAUGUCUCAACCUGAAUACCAACAACUGCAUAAUUUAGUGUCUUCCCUGCUUUAUCACAUCCUGUCUAAACAGGCAAACCACAACAUUUUACAUGCCAGGAAUACUCUAGAGAGUUGGGAAUCACUUUUGUUUUAUCCCAGGGCAUAUUAUUCCAAACUUCUCCAACAAGAAAUGAAUGGACAAACAAUAAACAAUGGUCUCUUCAGUGGUACCACUCUUGUCACUAGGUUGGUAGCCUCAAGAGUAUGCUUUCAGUACCUUUAGUUAAGCUUACGGAGAAUGCUGACUUGAUGUACUCAAGGUUUGAAUGCAAUUGACUGAAAACAGACAUUUUUUGCAAUUGAACUGCACUGUUAACCAGAGGGCCUAAGCCGAAACGAGAGAUUCCUGAAAGACCAGGCAUUUCUGUGUGCAUAAACCUGGGAUAGGGACAUUUCUGCCUUGAUGGAGACCGAUCUCUGCUUUAGGGCAGUGUGGAGGUGCCUAAGAAUGGGCUGGGGCAUUACCAUGUUUUGCGUGUGCAAAUGAAAUAUUUCCAUGAUCCUUCACAGCCUUCCAUGUGUAAACCAUAGUCAUAAGUUAUGGUGCGCUGUUUAAAAAAAGGGAAAAUUUUAUCUGUAAUCUGAUCAAUGUUUUGAAGAUUGCUAAUUUAAGCUACAUCCACAUUUUUUACUUAUGAUGAUGCACUUUUUGAAGAUUAAAAGAUUUUCCCUGUUUACGCAACCAUUUCCAAGGAUGAAAGGAAUCUUGAAGGACUAGAAUCUUGUCUAGACAUCUUUGCACAGCAGUGAUGUACUGAAACUACAGUACAUUGUGUCUGUGGACUUUCUGGACUUUCUGGACCUUUGGACUGUGGACUUUGGACUUUUUUGGACCUUUGGAAGUUCAGCAGCAUCAGCACUAGUUCUGUGGUUGCCGAUUGGGUUUUGAGGGAAUAGGAAAAGAAAGGAAUAACAUUGAAAAAUACUUUUUAUUUUCUAUCCUCUGUCCUAGUACAGUAUGUACCAAUUUUUUU